UAAGGUUGUUGGAAUGAAAUAAGGUAUAAUUAAUCACUAAAUUAGAGUAAUUAUCUUAAACGUUUUACAGUAAAAUACCUAAUUCUCCAGCAUAUACAAUGGGAUCUAGAAAAAAAGAAUUAUCUAUAUUAGAUACUCCAGGUCCUGGAUAAUAUCACCCUAUAAUUCCUUUUCGAUAAAGUCCAAGAGCAAUAAUGUCAGGUUCAAAAGAUUCAUUCUAUAAAAUAUCUGAUUCUCCAGGACCUGGUAGAUAUAAUCAAUUAUCAUAUACAACUAAUGGUUUUAAAUUUCCAUAAGAGAAAAGAUAAUUAACAAAUAAUAAUGAUUCUCCAGGUCCAGCAAAAUAUGAUCAAAUCAAUAACUUUUUUGCACCUGCUUAUAUUAUUCCAAAAGCAGAAAGAAAAACAAAAGCAAGUUCUUUUGUAACUGGACCUGGAUGUUAUCAUAUACCUUCUCUUUUACGAUCAAAUAUAGGUUUUAAAAUGCCAAAGAGCUAAAGAUAAAAUAAAAUUGAUAUUUUACCUGGUCCUGGAGAAUAUAGUUUUUAGGAUAAUAAAACAAAAGGUAUAAAAAUAGGAACUAGUCCAAGAAUGGAAAAAUCAAUGUUUUUAGGACCAGGUCCAGCAGAUUAUUCACCAAGAAUAACAACUGAUUCUUCUCCCAGAGCUAUUUUUGGUACUGCAUAAAGAGGAAUUAAAAAAAAAGAGAAAUCUCCAGGACCAGGAGAUUAUGAAUUGCCAUAAAGCAGAAGUGUGAGUGUAAGAAUUAUAAAUAAAGAAGUUCUCAUUUCCUAAAUAAAAUGUAUAAUAGCAAUCAAAACCCUAAACACCAUUCAGUUAUAUCAAUGAUUAUACUAGUCUUAGAAAAACAUAAAUGUCUUUUGGGAAAGCACAUAAAGGAAAUUAAAAACAUUAAAUCAUUCCAGUAUAAAUAAAACAAACCUUUUUAGGGUCCUGGAUAAUAUGAUAUAGAUGGUUUCUUUAGAAGAAGAAUUAAAACAAGAGAGGGUUCAAAUAUUUGAAUUUUAC